CUGCUGGAGAUUGAUUUGCUCAGCUUCCUGCCCGACCACACCACCAAGUCAUUUCCCCCUCCUUCUCCCUCUUCCCUCCCCCUCCCUGCUCCCUCCCCCCCCACUUCCCCUCCUCUCCCACCACCAGGCCUGUCCAACAUGCUGGGCGAUUCAGCCCACGAGAUGGUUGUGCAGGCAGACAGCGCUCUGCGGCUGUUCAACAUGCUGGGAGAUUCAGCCCACGAGAUCAGAGUGCAGGCAGACAGCGCGCUGAGGGAGUUCCUGCACGAAAUCCGCCACGCUCCUGCGGUGGAGUACGGGCGAAUGAUGGAGAUCCUGGUGCAGCGAGCGGGGUCCUCUGAUGAGUUCACUCGCCUCACUGCUGUCACUUGGAUCAACGACUUUGUGAAGCUGGGGGGAGCGCAGAUGAUGCCGUACUAUGCGGCUGUGGUGGGCGCCAUUCUGCCCUGCAUCGCUGACCGCGAGGAGAAGAUUGCUGCGAUAGCGCGCGACACGAACGAGGAGCAGCUGGAGAGGGUGAGGGAGCAGAGCGUGGCGGAUGGCUUCGACGUGCGGGCAGUGGUGGAGAUUGCAAGGAGGGAGUUGAGCAGCAGCUGGGAGGCCACGAGGCUGGAGGCACUUGCAUGGAUCGCCACCCUUCUGCACCGUUUCCCACACCAGCUGCUAGACCUCAUGGACGAUCCCUCCACUGCCCUUCUCGAGUCCUUGCUUGCAGCGCUGGCAGAUGACUCAGACCAGGUGGUGCUAGAGGCGUUAUCAGUGCAGGCCACAGUGGCCAGUCACCCGCACCACUUCCACCGCCUGCUGCUGCUCCUCCUCCUGCGCUUCAACUCCGACCGCGCCCUCCUUGACAGGCGGGGCAGCAUCAUCAUCCGCCACCUCUGCGCCAUGCUAGACGCUGAUAAAGUCCUCCGAGAGCUGGCCUUCAUUCUUCAGAACGAGUCCGACUGUCAGUUCGCCGCCACUAUCGUGCCAACGCUCUCCCUCAUCCUCCUCACUGCCCCCGAGCUCGCCCCCAUCCGCUCCAAGCUCCGCCGCUCCUUCGCUGCUCCUGCUCCUACGGGUGGGGGUGGGGGUGGAAGCGGAGCGGGAGGAUCAGGAGUUUCUGCCACAGGCAACGCACCUACAACAGCACCAGGAGCACCAUCAGCAGCACCAUCGGCAGCGGCAGCGGCGUGCAGUGGGAGGGGGCUGUUCCUGGCGCUGUACCCGGCAUGGUGCCACUCGCCCAUCGCUGCAGUGAGCCUGUGCCUGCUGGCCCAGGCGUACGAGCAUGCGUGGUGCAUCGUGGACGCCUUAGAGGAGAGCGACCUCUCCCUCAGCCUCAUGGUGCAGGCGUACGAGCAUGCAUGGAGCAUCGUGGAUGCUCUAGAGGAGAGCGACCUGUCCCUCAGCCUCAUGGUGCAGGUGGGUGGGUGGAGAGAAGCGUGUGUCUGGGGUGGGGAGUAG